AUGAUCGUGCGUGACACGCAGCGGUUAUUAGGGUCUAUCAUUGCUAAUAAAUCCUGGGAGAAAAGAAUAUCAACAUGGGUAACAAAACAAUUCGAUGGUGAUAUGGAGAGAGUUGAAAUGUCAAUCCCCGCAAUUAAGAAACCAGAUGAGCUUCUCGUCAAAGUUAUGGCCGCCAGCGUAAACCCAAUUGAUACUGUAAUGCGAAAAGGAUAUGGACGACGAUUAUGUUCAGCAGUAAAAAAUCUCCGAAAUUGUUCACUGGAUUCCACAAUACUGUUACCAUUUAUUGGUGGACGAGACUGUAGUGGUAUUGUUGAACAGACUGGUGGAAAUGUGAAAAAAUUCAAAAAAGGUGAUCAGGUAAUUGCUGUGGUCGAUCCGUUCAGUUCAGGAACACACGCAGAAUUUGUAGUGGCAAACGAAUCAAACUGUGUUUUGAAACCGACUAAUAUAUCAUAUAUUGAUGGCGCCGCAUUCCCAUAUACAGCUUGUACCGCUUGGUCGGCACUAGUUUCGGUAGCUCGAAUUAAUCCAUACAAUGCUGCAUCACAACGUGUAUUGAUUCACGGCGGUGCUGGUGGUGUUGGAACAACAGCAAUACAAGUGCUCAAAGCGUGGAAUGUUGAUAAGGUAGUGGUGACUUGCUCGGAUGAUUGUUUUAAUAUGAUGCAAGAACUUGGAGCAAUACCAAUAAAUUACAAAAGACCAGACGCUUUGGAAAAGUUAAUUAGUGAAGGACCAUUUGAUGUAGUGUUGGAUUGUGCUCAAUCAGAGUUGGCAGAAUGGAAUAGUAAAGUGAUGGGAUUAUGGCGUAGUAGUGUGCAUGUUUCUCUUUUAAGCCCACUUCUUAGUGAUACUGACAGGUAUGGAAUACCACUUGGGAUUGCUUCAACUGCUGUAAAGUAUUUCUUGAAAGCAACAUUGCCAGCAGUUCGACGCGGACAGCGGUAUUCGUAUGCGUUUUUUGCUCCACAUCCAGAAUGUAUGCAGCAGAUUUCGAAAUUUCUGAAGGAUGGCAAGAUGAAGCCAGUGAUUGAUCAAAUUUUCAAAUAUGAUGAACUUCCGAUGGCUUAUGAGAAAGUACUGAGAAAAAAAGGAAGAGGCAAAACGAUUAUCAGCAUAAGUGAAAAUUAA